CUUCAAAUAUGCAUUCCAGACAUUCAGUGUAACAGAAGAGAAAAAUGGCAACUAAAUUAAUUCUUGGAUGCGCUUUCGUCCUUCUUAUCAUAUGCAAAUUAGGUGUUUGCUGUAACAUUGAUUGGUUACCUUACGACGGCAGCUGCUAUCAAGCUUCCCCAUUUGAGCUUGAUUAUACGCUAGCGAGACGCUAUUGUCAAAUAGCAAAUGGAGAUUUGGCAGAAGUUGAGAAUAUUAAAACUUUACAAUUUAUCAACACUCUGAAAAAUUUUGAUGGCCAAAAAACGUACUGGCUGAAGGAAGAUAGCAGAGUCACAAGAGUGGCCGCACAUGAAUGUGACGAAGAUGAUGACACAAGGUGUCCAACUGCAAUCCCUCCAAAUCCUUGUCCCUAUGCAAGAAUGCUAAGCAUUGAAAGUGGAGAACCUGAUGAUAAGAGGUCCUUCGUCUGUGAGACUGCCGAUAGAAAAACACAACUGCAAUGCCCUGGAGGCUGGAGUUUGUAUGACUCUACUUGCUACAAGCCGAUGUCGAUUCAAGUCCCUUAUGCUGAUGCUGUUCAGAAAUGUAUUCUGCUGAAAGGACAAUUAGCUGUGUUUGAUACGGAAGAUAAACAGAAGAAUGCGAUGGCAUUGGUUCUUGGACGAAAUCAAACAUUUUAUGUAGAUGCAAAAAUGGCUGACACGAAAGUGAUGACAUGGUCCAACGGAGUUCAAUUUACGCCGUACUCUGGAGCCCUUCGCGAUGCACCUGAAGGGGAGAAUAAUGAUUGCUUGAUUUUCUACUCGGACCCAGAACACCCGACAUUAUUCACGUGGCUUCCAUUGAAAUGUGAAACUAAGGCGUAUCCACUAUGCCAGAGAUCGGCGGAAAUCCUCCCCACUACCCCACCGUCCACGGAACCACCAACCACCUCUCUACCGUAUGUCUGUCCUCAUGGUCACAACUGGAAGGUUCAUGAGAACAGUCAAUAUUGCUUCUGGGAAACAACAUACGAGACGGAGCGCUUGAACUGGUACCAGGCGAGAGCAUUCUGCCAAUCUUACGGAGGAGAUUUAGCCAGUUACGACAGUGAACAACAAGAAGAUUUUGGACUGGGGGGUGCGAAAGGACAUUACAGAGGCUUAUGGUUUGGUUUGAAGAGAGGAGAGGAUGAUAUAUUUCGAUGGAGUGAUGGUAGUGUCAUGAGAUACACGAAUUGGAACUACAACGAGCCAAAACUUCAAAGCAGGACCAAGUUCUGUGUCAAGCAUGGAGCUAUAAGUGCAACAUGGGAGCUGGAUUAUUGCGGAGUCAAGAGAUGGUUCGUGUGUAAAGCUCCUAAAGUACAAGUUCAAAAGAUACCAGACAGGCCUGUAAUACAAAAAGAGCCGUGCAACAUCACCGAUGUUUCUGUGUACAGCACUCAGUGGUAUUUGCACGGAGAUUAUUGCUACAUGGCUCACGAAGAUGCCAAGUACACAUGGGAUACUGCUAAUACGUUUUGCAAAGACAACGGGGCACACCUGGCUUCAAUUCAUUCAUUCAACGAGACUGAUUUUAUGCUGUUUAUUACGAGUACUAGCCCAGACUCGGAUUUCUGGAUCGGGUUGAGUUCUGAAAGUGUCGAUUCCCCAUUAAAGUGGUCCGACGGCACUCCUGUGGACUUUGAAAAUGAGAUGGAAAAUAAAACCCUCAUUGAUUCCUGUAUAUCUUUCAAGAAAACAGAUGGUGCAUGGGGCGUCGAAAACUGCAACCGGCUUUUAGCAGUGAUGUGCAAAAGAAGUGCUCAUUCGAAAACUGAAUUUUCUACUGCUUCGCCAACACCCGACCCUCCCGGAAAUUGCCAAGCUGGAUGGUAUCCUUAUGGAAGUAAAUGUUAUUGGAUAAAGGGUAGUAAUCACGCUAGGAUUGCAUCUUGGGCUACUGCUGCACAGGCAUGUGAAGAUAUGCAAGCUACUCUAAUCUCAAUUCACUCUCAAAGUGAUCAAGAUUUUCUAACGGACUUGGUAUGCGAGCGUGAAAUGUCAACGUGGAUCGGACUGAGGACAUUAGAGAGAGGCACAUUGUUCCAAUGGAGGGAUAGGUCCCGCAUCGAUUAUACAAACUGGGAUGCGAAUGAACCACAAUAUCCUAAAAUGACCUUGGAAUAUGAAUGGAUGGUGCCUGCGAACGAAAGACAGGAAAUGUGUACUUCAAUGUCGUAUGAACCAGACAGCAUAGGAAAAUGGCGUUUGACCGAGUGUACCGAAGCGCAUUCCUACAUUUGUGAAAAACCAAAAGAUGUGAAUAUCCUUGAACCGUCGGAGAAACCAUUUCUCUGCCCUAACAUCACUGGAUGGCUCAAACUGGAUACCACUUGUUAUGGACUGUUCGAAGAUCCUAGCCAAGAAGCCACAUGGUUGGAUGCACAGAGUAUUUGCAGGCAACGAGGUGCUAAUUUGGUUUCAUUUAAAAAUGUGGGUGUGAGCAAUUUUCUGAAGCGAAGGUACACCAGAAAAAACGUUUAUUAUUGGACUGCCGUUAGAGAAAAAUCUGUCGGCAAAUAUGAACUGGUCACGGGAGGAUCAAUGUUGUAUGCCAACUGGAUGCCUGGGCAGCCGCUAAGUGCUUCCUCGGUAAUGGACAACUGCGUUGCAAGUAACACCGACAGCUCAUGGGUCGUUAAAAGUUGCCGGGAGAAACACCAAUUUAUUUGCGAAUGGACUCCAGAACUGCGAGAGAAAAAAAUGCCUUCAAAUUCGUCAAGUCGAUGCCCUACUAAUUCAACAUUAUGGACAGAUUUAGGAGGAGCAGCAUGUUAUUAUGCUCCCAAGUAUUUCACUGAAUCAGCAAAUGAUGCAGUGCGCACCUGUUUUAUUAUGGGUGGAAAUUUAGCAAGUUUUCACUCCGAGGAGGAAGUUUUACAAGUUGCAAGUUACCUCAGAAAUACUCUGAAGCCCUUCGUCAGCCAUGUAAUUAUUGGUCUGUCUAAGCGAGGUGAUGGCAGCUAUGCUUGGUUGGAUCACACACCAUUAGAUUUCACGUACUGGGAUGAAGACGAGCCUGAUGGUGCUCAUUGCGUGAAGAUGCGAUUGAGUGACGGAAAAUGGAGUGAUACAGCUUGCAGUACGGGUAACCGAGAAUUUGUAUGCUCGAUGCCAAAAGAACAGAAAGAAGACGAAGGAGAAAAGAGUGAAACCAAGAUGAAUGACACCUCUGCAGAGGAAGACGUAGCCACAAAAUUGACUGCUGGUGCCAUUGCUGGAAUAAUUAUCUGUAUUUUAAUGCUCCUAGCUGUUGUUGGACUAACUAUAUAUCACCUGUGCCCUCCUCAAAAGAUACGACUAACACUGCUUGAACAAGAAACUGAAUAAUGCUAUAUGGAUCCAAACAUGUGAAAUGAAAAACCUCUGCACACUAUGCUGCAGGGUGAUUUUAUGUUGCCAACCUAGUUGAUCGUGUCCUGUAGAUCAAGUGUAUGUUGUGAAUUCCCUCUAUGUUUC